AUGAUCCGCCUCUUGCGGUCAUGCCCAUCGCGGUGCCUUGCCCGACCGCCAGGCAUUGGCCCGGGCGCGGCCCAUCCCCCUCGGCCCGAUCACGCAGCAGGGGCUCGUGUGGGCGAAACGUGCGCUGGAGCUGGCCGAUCAUGGAGCUCUGGCGACGCGGCGGUCCUGAGGCUCAGGGCGGCCACCGGCGUCGCGGAGCAGGAGAGGGCGGCCGGGGGGGCGGAGGCGGGUAGCGAGGAGGAUGUGCAGCUCCUGGCGACGUCGGAGUCCCCGGAGCUGCUGAGGAUUCGCCACAGCUGUGCCCAUGUGAUGGCGAUGGCGGUGAAGCAGCUGUACCCCACAGCACAGUGCACGAUCGGCCCCGCAAUUGACUACGGCUUCUACUAUGACUUCGACAUGGAUGGUGCGGUGGUCACAGAACAAGAUCUGAAGGCCAUCAGGAAAGAAAUGAGGAAGAUCGUUGGAAAAGACCUGCCCUUUAUUUGUGAGGAGGUGAGCGAGGCGGAGGCCAUCGAACGCAUAGAGGAGGUAGGCGAGCCAUACAAGAAGGAGAUCCUGACUGAUAUUGUGGGCAAGGAUGCAAAUGCGCCCAUCACCAUAUACCACAUAGGCCAAAAGGGACAAGAGGACCAUUGGUGGGACCUGUGCAGUGGACCCCAUGUGGAGAGCACUGGCAAGAUCAAGCAGGAUGCAUUCGAUCUUGAGUCUCUUGCAGGUGCGUACUGGCGGGGCGAUGAACGAAACAAGCAACUGCUGCGAAUAUAUGGGACAGCAUGGGAGAAUAAAAAGCAGCUCAAAGCGUAUGAAAGGUUGAAGGAGGAGGCUGCAAAGAGGGACCAUCGAAAACUUGGAAAGCAGCUUGAUCUUUUCAGCAUGCAAGAAUUGGCUGGCCCUGGCCUGGUGUUCUGGCAUCCCAAGGGGGCAGCGGUACGGGAUGUUAUUGAGAGGUACUGGAAAGACAUUCAUUUGCAGAGGGGCUACGAUUUGGUGUGCAGUCCACACGUUGCAAAGGCUGACUUGUGGUGCACUUCAGGGCACAUGGAUUUCUACAAUGAAAAUAUGUACGAUCAGAUGGAUGUGGAGGAUGUAUCAUACCAGCUGAAGCCCAUGAACUGCCCAUUCCACAUUCUGAUGUACACUGAUGCUCAGCGCUCCUAUAGGGACCUUCCUAUUCGAUGGGCUGAACUUGGGACUGUCUACCGUUAUGAACGAUCGGGGACAAUGCAUGGACUGUUUCGAGUAAGAGGCUUCACACAGGAUGAUGCUCAUAUCUUCUGCUUACCAGAUCAAAUUUCAGUGGAAAUUGUUGGUGUGCUGGACCUCAUUGAGGAGAUGAUGACAGCCUUUGGGUUCACGAAAUACGAAAUCAAUCUCUCAACCAGGCCAGAAAAGUCUGUUGGCUCUGAUGCAAUAUGGAACACAGCGGAGGCAGCCUUGGUGGAGGCGCUGGAAUCUAAGGGUUGGGCAUAUGUGGUCGACAAUGGCGGUGGAGCCUUCUAUGGUCCAAAAAUCGACGUGAAGAUUCAGGACGCCAUUGGUCGCAAGUGGCAAUGCUCCACUGUUCAACUGGACUUCAACCUGCCAGAGCGAUUCGACAUGUCCUAUGUCGAUGCGGACAAUGCGAAACGCCGGCCAAUUAUGAUCCACAGGGCGAUUUUCGGCUCCAUCGAGCGCUUCUUCGGCAUUCUCGUCGAAAACUACGCUGGCGCUUUCCCCUUGUGGCUUGCCCCCGUCCAGUGCCGCCUACUCCCUGUCACGGACGCCUUCACCGACUUCGCCAAAGCUGUGGCCUCGCAGAUGCGGGAUGUGGGCAUCCGGGCGGAGGUUUGUGAUGGCGAACGCAUCGGAAAACUCAUUAGGAACGCCGAAAGGGCCAAGACCCCUGUGAUGUGUGUUGUGGGUGAGAAGGAGGUCGAAUCGGGCACGCUGUCGGUGAGGACCAGGAAGGACGGUGACUUGGGUGCCAUGGACGUGCCUCAGAUGAUCACCAGAAUGAAGACUGCCGUGGAACUGAGGCGAGAUUUUUGA